CAACAGAUUGGGACGAAUUUUCAUUUUGGGCGCGUGAAAUUCAUAAGAAAAGAGAAACUCGUUGCAAUUCAAAAUUAAUCAAAACAUUUUAGCUUAGCUAACAAAGAAAAAAUCUCUUAAAUCUCUUUCAAAUGGCAGAAGAUGGACUAAAUUCAAUCAAAAGAGACCCUAUCAAGUCCUCAGUUGGAAAUGUUGCGACGGUGAAGAGGAAGCAGAAUGCGGUGGCGGUUGGGAAGGAACGGAGAGAAUCGUUGGUGCGAGCCAAGCGGUUAUGCAGAGUUGGAACCAGUGAUGUUAGUGGCGGUGAUGAUGAUAGUUUGCUUGAUAAUGAAAUGAUGAUUGACGAAGAGCAGUCUAUUCUUGAUGCUCAAACUUCUACGGCUGUCGAAGAAUUGAAAUCUGCUGUUGCCUUUCAAGGGAAAGGAGUGAUGCAAAAGAAAGUUACUGCCCUCCGUGAACUGAGGCGUUUGCUAUCAAGAUCUGAAUUCCCUCCCAUUGAAGCUGCACUUAAAGCGGGAGCGAUCCAAUUACUUGUGGAAUGUCUUUCAUUUGGCUCUCCUGAUGAACAGUUGCUUGAGGCAGCUUGGUGUCUAACAAACAUUGCAGCAGGAAAACCAGAAGAAACAAAGGAAUUACUGCCUGCAUUACCAUUGCUCAUUGCACAUCUUGGAGAAAAGAGUUCGUCGCCUGUUGCGGAGCAGUGCGCAUGGGCAUUGGGAAAUGUAGCUGGCGAAGGAGCAGAUUUGAGAAAUGUUUUGCUAUCCCAAGGAGCCUUACCUCCUCUUGCCAGAAUGAUGCUGCCAAAUAAGGGUUCAACUGUCAGAACAGCUGCUUGGGCAUUGUCAAACCUAAUCAAGGGACCAGAUCCUAAAGCUGCAACACAACUGAUUAGAGUUGAUGGGUUACUGGAUGCAAUUAUUCGGCACCUAAGAAAAGCGGAUGAAGAGUUGGCUACUGAAGUAGCCUGGGUAGUUGUGUAUCUUUCAGCCCUUUCAAAUGCUGCUACCAAUAUGCUGGUGAAAAGCGAUGUUCUUCAACUUCUUAUACAAAGAUUAGCCACGUCAAACAGCUUGCAAUUGCUCAUUCCGGUUUUACGAAGUUUAGGUAAUCUUAUAGCUGGUGAUUCACACACAAUUUCAGCUGUUCUUCUUCCUGGACGUGAAAUCACAGACAAUAUCAUUGAGGUCCUAGUAAAAUGUUUGAAGAGUGAGCACAGGGUUUUGAAGAAGGAAGCUUCAUGGGUGUUGUCUAAUAUAGCUGCUGGUUCAGUUGAGCAUAAGCAGUUGAUUUAUUCUAGUGAGGCAGUGACAUUAUUACUGCGCCUUCUAUCAACUGCACCAUUUGAUAUAAGAAAAGAAGUAGCUUAUGUUUUGGGUAAUCUUUGUGUUGCCCCGGCAGAAGGCAAUGGAAAACCAGACCUCAUUCUAGAGCACUUAGUUUCCCUGGUCAGUAAAGGAUGCCUUGCUGGUUUUAUCGACUUGAUUAGAUCCGUAGAUAUAGAGGCUGCACGAUUAGGUCUUCAGUUUAUAGAGCUGGUUUUAAGGGGGAUGCCAAACGGGGAGGGCCCGAAACUUGUGGAACGAGAAGACGGAAUUGAAGCAAUGGAAAGGUUUCAGUUUCACGAGAAUGAAGACCUAAGAAAUAUGGCUAAUGGUUUAGUUGAUAGAUACUUCGGCGAGGACUAUGGAGUUGUUGAAUAAGCUGAUAGACGAGAGCAAUUCCAAAUCCUGUAUAACAGAAGCUCAUCAUGGUUUUUCUGCUUUGUAAAUUAUGAAUCUAGAGAUCCAUUUGCAUGUAGCGAAUAGAGUAACUGUUUGAUUUCUUCUUCCUAAUCAUAAGUGCAUUUAUUGAAA